GCUAGUAGUAAACCAAAAUCAACUGAGAUGUCCCCAUAUAUAUAUAUGUGUCUCAUCCUUUAGUUUCCUUCUAAAUUCAGAGAGAGAAUAUGAAAGAGGAAAUGGAAGAAGGGAAAAUAGGUUCAUACUCAGAUGAUCGAGAAAAGUUCCUUAAUCACCCACCAAGACCAAGAAAGGGAGGUCUCAGAACCAUACCCUUCAUCCUAGUGAAUGAAUCAUUUGAGAAAGUGGCAAGCUUUGGUCUAAUGCCAAACAUGAUAUUCUACUUGAUGGAAAGCUACUCCAUGGAAGCAGCCACUGCCUCAAUCUUCCUCUCUCUGUGGUCAGCCAUGUCCAACACUUUGGCCAUUUUCGGAGCUUUUCUCUCUGAUUCUUACUUGGGUCGGUUUCCGGUCAUCGUUCUCGGCUCCAUCUCUAGUCUUCUGGGAAUGACUCUCCUCUGGCUAACAGCAAUGCUUCCACAAUUGAAACCACCCUCUUGUGAACACUUCAUCAACAGCACUUGCAACAACUCUCCAACCUCAGCCCAACUAGCUGUCUUGUUCUCUAGUUUUGGCCUAAUCUCCAUUGGAGCUGGUUGCAUUAGACCUUGUUCUAUAGCCUUUGGUGCAGACCAAUUGGACAACAAAGACAACCCUGACAAUGAUAGGACUUUGCAAAGCUUCUUCAAUUGGUACUAUGCCUCUACUGGACUCUCCACAGUCCUUGCCUUGACUGUCAUUGUCUACAUUCAAGAACAUUUGGGCUGGCAAGUUGGUUUUGGAAUCCCGGUUGUGUUCAUGGUUUUCUCUGCUCUCAUGUUCUUGUUGGGCUCUUCUCUUUACAUCAAAGUUGUCGCUAGCGAGAGUUUGUUCACCAGUUUUGUUCAAGUUCUCGUGGCAGCGAGGAAAAACAGGAAAAACAGAUACUCUGAUGAUUUUUAUCAUAAAAGCCAAGAACCAAAGUUCUGUGCACCAACUGAGAACUUGAGGUGCCUAAACAAAGCAUGCAUAAUUACAGAUCCCGAGAGAGAUUUGAAUCCAGAUGGAUCGGCUUCAAAUCCAUGGCAUCUAUGCACGGUGGAACAAGUAGAAUCGCUCAAGGCCCUUCUCAAAGCAAUCCCCAUGUUCUCUGCUGGCAUUAUGGUCAUACUAAUCAUCUGCCAAAACUCAUUUUCAACACUCCAAGCGAAAACCAUGAACCGCCACAUCAUCUCAAGUUUUGAGAUCCCUGCAGGGAGCUUUUCCGUGUUCAUGAUCGUCACACUAACACUAUGGGUCGCCUUCUAUGACCGUUUCAUGGUUGCGCUACUAGCAAAGUGCACAGGGAGGCCACUUGGGCUUAGCCCCCGUGUCAGGAUGGGGAUUGGAUUAUUACUGUCAUGUCUGGCAACAGUAGUGUCAGCAGUAAUUGAAUGCAAAAGGCGUUCAAAAGCCAUUGAACAAGGGUUUCAGGACGAUCCCAAUGCUGUGGUGGACAUGACUGCAAUAUGGUUGGUUCCACAAUAUGCCAUACUUGGACUAGCCGAGGCGUUUUAUUCGAUUGGGCAAAUAGAGUUCUUUUACAGUCAGUUCCCUAAAAGCAUGACUAGCAUUUCAAUGGCUCUUUCGACACUUGGGAUGGCGGUAUCGAGCCUAGUGGGGAGCCUUCUGGUGAAAAUUGUGAAUGUGGUUACAACCAAAGGGGGCAAAGUAAGCUGGUUGUCAAGCAACCUUAAUAGGGGUCACGUAGAUUACUAUUAUUGUCUACUUACUUUCUUGGGCUUGCUAAAUUUCAUUUAUUUCCUAAUUUGCUGCCGGGUUUGCGAGCCUAUUAAGAACGAAACAACAAGGUUAUCCAGUGAGGUAGGUGAAGAAGAAUCCGACUAUAGCGAAUUACCUUCGGCUUAAAAUGUAUGGUUUUCAUGUUAUGGCAGCUAGUAGUCAAGAUGCGUGCUUUCUCUUCUCUCUCUUUUUUUUUUUAUUUUUUUUUAUUUUUUUGGUGUGUAAUUCCUCUGUAAAUUAUCAGCAAUCAAAGUAGCUCAAUCCUUGGAUCUUUUUUGGGGUA